UUUGUGGUUGAUGCUGAUACUUUUUUUGCUAUAAAACGCAAAGUUUGUAAGGCUGAGACUCAAGCAGUAGAAAGCAGAACUCUAUAGAGUCUAUUCUAGGCAGCUGUCAGAAUGAAGGCCAUUCUUGUGUUCCUAAUCCUGCUGGUGGUUGCUGAAAGUAUCCUGUCAGCUCCCAAUGAGAUAACAGCACUGAGUGAAGCGGGCACUUACUCGAUGAUAUUUGAAGGGGUUACAUACACUUUGUAUUCAUCUCCAUUGACAUUUGCUCAAGCCGAGGCAUCCUGUACACGUACAGGCUACAAUGGACACUUGGUGUCCAUCCAUUCUCAUUCACUGAACUUGUUCCUUCUUCAUAUGGUGAGACAUUUUAAUGUAGAUGCACAUCAGAUGUGGAUAGGUGGAAAGAGAAAUAGUUUUCGUAGAAAAUUUUAUUGGACUGAUGGAAGUCGCUGGAACUAUUGGUACUGGGGCAGUGGUUCACCCUCAGGUCCAGGAUAUCAUCAGAAUUGUGUGGUGAUGAGUACAACAAAUCCAGGAUAUUGGCAUGACAUAUUCUGUUCCUACAAAAGACCAUACAUUUGUGAACAUUGAAAAGGACAGAAGUAACUCAUACAAGAUCUGCAUUCCUUUCAGCUUGCCUUACCUGCUGCAUUAUAACAUAUACAAUCUUUUUUUUUUCUUCUGUCAAGGACAUUUAUGCAUCAUUUUUAUGGGGGGCUACUUUAUAUUGAAUAUGGAAAGAUUCAACUAAUUAUUGUGAAUAAUGCCACUUUUAAUUCACUCUCUCAGAAAGGAAACUAAAACCCAUUCUAUUCAUAAAUAUGGUGAUUUUUUUCAGGUUUUAUGGGCUACCUGUUGUCUUCAUUCAGACAAAAAUACUUUGGGUAUUUUUAAGACCAAGGGAACUUGAGAGUAGUCUUUAUUAAUUAUUAACAAACAAUAUGUUUCUGCAUUUUAAAAUUGUUUGAAUGCUCUGAGCUGUAUUUACUGGUAAAAAUGAAAAUUACAGCCUAUCAUUUCAGCACGCUGCAUUUAUUAGUUGUAAAAUAAACAUUGCAAAACCA